AUGUCUGUUGUUGGAAAUAACCGUGUAGGCAUUCCUAUCGUGGUGCUGCACGAUGCAGAAGGAGCGGUUAUUGAAGUGGAAACGAAGAAAGGCGAGCUCAUCCGUGGUCUACUGUUCGAAGCCGAGGAUAUGAUGAACCUAUACAUCAAGAAUGCGGUUGUCUUGGAUCCGAACGGAGUAAAGCGGAAAACGCCUCAAAUGUACUUGCGUGGGUGCGAAAUCUUGUUUAUCGUUCUGCCGGAUAUGUUGAAACAUGCUCCGAUGUUCAAAAGGUACGUGCUGUUUUAG